UUUAACUCUGUUGGCUUGUUUAUUACGUCUGGCUAGGCCGAAAGCCUCGGACUAAAUUUGUACAGGAGGCUGCAGUGUGUCCGAUGAGAUGGAGGCUAUGGAGACAGACGUCGACCUGGAGCUUAUGCAGAAAUUCAGCUGUAUGGGCACAACCGAUAAAGAUACACUAAUAACAGAGUUCCAGAGACUGCUGGGCUUCCAGCUCAACCCUGCUGGAUGUGCUUUCUUCUUGGACAUGACCAACUGGAAUCUACAGGCUGCAAUCGGAGCUUAUUACGACUUCGAAAGCCCCAACAUCACGGCGCCGUCCAUGUCUUUUGUGAAAGACGUCACUAUAGGAGAAGGGGAGUCGAUUCCACCAGAUACCCCCUUCAUCAAGACCUGGAGGAUACAGAACACAGGUACAGAAUCCUGGCCACCAGGUGUGUGUCUGAAGUACAUCGGUGGAGACCAGUUUGGCCACGUGAACUUCGUGAUGGUGCGAGCGCUUGAACCUCAGGAGAUGCACGAUGUGAGCGUGGAGAUGCGGAGUCCUCUGGCUCCAGGCAUGUACCAGGGUCAGUGGAGGAUGUGCACAGCCACCGGACUCUUCUACGGGGAUGUGAUCUGGGUGAUUUUGAGCGUGGAGGUCGGGGGUCUCCUGGGCGUGACGCAGCAGCUCUCCUCCUUCCAGGCCGAAUUUAACACGCAGCCUCACCGCGUGACUGAAAACUACAACCCCUUCGCCUCACCGCAGAAGAACAAGCAGAUCCAUAACACCGAACAGACCGGCCUGUCGAACGGCUCUGCAGACGUCGCCACGGACAAUCGGCAAAGCGACUCGUCUGUAGUUACGUACAAUCAGCCGACGUACGGACCGCACCCCUUCUGACAGUCUUAGACACGACGUUGGUCGUUCAUCAGGAACGAACCUGUGGCCUUGGCUUCACCCUUUCAGGAUGCGGGAGGAUCACGAGAGCGGGCACACCUUGCCCGCUGUGCCACGCUGACCUGUUGCGAUUGUACCGGCGUGAGGAACGACGUGUGAAUGCUAAUUUAAGAAGGAUGCGUGUAGAUCCGUUUUUAAAGACGUUAAUGAAUAAUGUGAUUUUUUUAUUGCUGUAUGACGGGUGGUAUUCGGCGCUCGUGAAGUUUUGACCGCGCGUCUGUGUUUUAUGUGUCCGAUCGCCGCUUGAUUGAUUGUGUGGCGGUUCGUGAGCGACUCUUGUUUUUUGGGUUCGAACCGACCAUCUGCAGUCCAAACCGCUGCUACGUCACACGUACGUGCUGCGAAGUGUGUGACCGCCUGGCCUCCACAAACGUUUACUUUUACUGCAGAGACGCCGGUUACAAUCAUCAUUCUUUAUCUUCAAUAACCACUAAAUCCUGGCUGGUGUCACAGUGGAUCCAGAGCCUAUCCUUUAUUCACCCACCUGACUACCUAGAGGAAGCUCACACACGCACCACACACACACACCUUACACACAGAUUAUAUGUAUAUUUUUAUGCUAAAGUUUGUGCAGAUCUCCCUGUUCAGAUCUCAUCUGUUCUGCAUGAUAAGCUGCUGCACAUUUAAACAGGUUCAAUUUGACUGCAUAUUGGUUGAAUUUAACAUGUCGGGGGACUAAAUGUGGCGCAUAUAUAAUGCCCCCCCCCCCCCCCCCCCCCCCCCCCCAUGUUAAAUGCAGCAAACAAAUAAAAACAAUGUAUUAAAAUGUACAAACAAAAUUAAAUACUA